GCAACGCGGAGAGCAUGGUGGCGCGGCCCUGACCGCCUCUCCCCGGUGGGGACGGCCGCGGGACGGCGGCGGCCCGUGCCCCGGCGAGAGGGGGAGAGGGAUGACCGGGGUGCUGGAGAGCCUGGUGCCGGACAUGCACGCCAGCCAGAUCUCCGCCAGCAGCUACCAGCACGGUGGCUUGCACAAGCCGCAGGAGUCCCCCACGCUGCCCGUCUCCACGGCCACCGACAGCAGCUACUACAACAACCAGCAGCACGGGGCUGCGGGCGGGCCGCCCUACGGCCCGGUGGGCCCCUACCCCUACGCGGGCGGCGGCACCGCCCCUUACUCCACCAAGGCCGGCUACGACCUGGGCUACGCGGGUGCCUACGGCUCUUACGGGCCCUACGGCAGCAGGACUUCUCCGGCCAACAACGACUCCGCAGAGAAGGAAGACUGCGAGCCAGAAAUCAGGAUCGUGAACGGGAAGCCGAAGAAAGUGAGGAAGCCCCGAACCAUCUACUCCAGCUUCCAGCUGGCGGCUCUGCAGCGGCGUUUCCAGAAAACCCAGUACCUCGCCCUGCCCGAGAGAGCGGAGCUGGCGGCCUCCCUCGGCCUCACCCAGACCCAGGUGAAGAUCUGGUUUCAGAACCGCCGCUCCAAGUUCAAGAAGAUGUGGAAGAGCGGCGAGAUCCCGGCGGAGCCUCCCCCCCGCCGCAGCUCCUCGCCGCCACCCCCCACCUCGCCUCCCACCUGGGACUUCUCUCCGCACCCGCGCACGGCGGGCGGCACCGGCUCCGCCAGCCCCAGCCCCGCCGCAGCUUUCCUCGGGAGCUACUCUUGGUACCCCCCGGCGCCCGGCGGCCCCGGGCACCUGCCGGCAGCCGCCCCCCUCCCGCAGCCGACGCAGCCUCCGCACCACCACGGCGGCAGCGGCAUUUUCUAGGCGCCGCAGAGACUUUAGCCCGAGGGGCUACUGAGGCGCAGCACUGGUGUUUUGGUGAAGCCUGGCUCCGGCCGUCCAGGAGGAGAGGAACCGGGUGUCCGCGCCCCAUCCGUUGCUCCGCCGGCGGCGAACCCCGUGUGCGCUCGGCCCCGCGGGGUCAGCCCUCCCGCCGCCAAAAUAACCAUGCUGCGGAACAAGUACCCAGCUCCCCUCCUGCCGUCCUCCUUCCUCCUCCCCGGCUUCUCCAUCCAACCACUGGUGCAGAACUUUGGUUAACUUUUUUAUUUUUUUAAAGUCGCUAGGUGCCUUUGCGGAAAACCUCACGUUAAUGCUGGGGAUUAAAGAAUAAAAUGUUAAAAAAAAAUAAUAAUUUUAUAUGUAGAUUUAAGACAAGAGCCUCCCGUGGAUAAGUUAACCUUUUUAGCCGUGAUCGAAACAGUCCGGUGAGGGGGCCCGGUCGCAGGCGGCUGUUGAGGGGGGAUUUCCGCCCGCGCGGUGCCUCCGGGCGGGUUUCGUGACUCGAUGGGGCCUCCCCGGGGAGGGCUCCGAGCCCACCCCUCUGCUCAGCCCCCCAUCACCGGCAACCCAGUCACUGGCCCUGCCCCUGCGCCGUUUGAUGUAUAGAGUCGUGGAAAAAAAAAGGGAAAAAGGAAAAAAAAUAAGGGGGGGUAUUUUUGGUUAUUUAUUAUGGAGAACUUAAACACUCUUUUAUGUUUCUUUUACAAUAAGAAGAGAUUAUUUAAAUAAAUUAUUGUUUCCAUGGUG